AUGAAACCACCAACCUUUCUUGGUGGAAUUAAACCGUUAAAGGCUGAAACAUGGUUGUUGGAGAUAGAGAAAUUGUUUGAAGUAUUUCCCAGUUCCGAGGUUCAGAAAGUUUUAUUGGCCACCUACACUCUAAAGGACGAAGCUCGGAGAUGGUGGUUGCUAUUUCGGAAUGGCAAUGAGAACAUGACAUGGGCUCAAUUUAAUAUAAUUUCCUAUGACAAGUACUUUCCCUGGUGCUUCUUAGACCGAAUGGCUUUAGAAUUUCAAGAACUCAAACAAGGCAAAAUGUCUGUAGCUGAAUACGAGGCUAAAUUUACUGAGUUAGCCAAGUUUGCUCCUCAUAUGGUGGACAUGGACUACAAGAAGGCCCGCAAAUUUGAGGUUGGGCUGGAUUUAGAUAUACUGGAUCGGGUGGGAGUUCUUAACCUACCCACGUAUGUGAAUGUAUUGGAUAGAGCACUAAUGGCGGAGGCCAUUCUGGCGGCAAAGAAACAAACUACAACUCCACCGACUGAAUGGAAAGGCAAGAGGGCCGGGUUUAAUUUCAAGAAGGGCCGAUUAUUUUUGAAGAAGCAAAAUACAGGAUCCUACAGGGGUUCUGGUCAAAGUAGUGGAUCCAUACCAAACUGUUUGGAUUGUGGCAGGAAACAUAGAGGAGUAUGCCAUCGUGCAUCUGGUGCCUGUUACCGAUGUGGCAAAAUUGACCAUAUGAUAAAAGAUUGUCCAAUGGGAUCCGGGAAUGCCAGUCACCCCACAGCAAGUUCAGCUGGGUCUGUUUCAGUGGUCAGAUCAAAUACCAGAACUAAUGUCAGGGGCAACAAUGGGACUGAAGUGUUGAGACAAGGGAAAGUAUUUGUCUUGGUGCUGGGGAUGUACAAAACACUGAUUCAGUAG